AUGGCAAAAACUUACGACUAUUUAUUCAAAUUGCUGUUAAUAGGCGAUUCUGGAGUGGGGAAAACAUCUAUUUUGUUUAGAUUUUCAGAGGAUGCCUUUAAUAUAUCAUUUAUAUCCACUAUUGGCAUUGACUUCAAGAUACGAACAAUAGACCUCGACGGCAAAAAAGUUAAAUUACAAAUAUGGGACACAGCCGGUCAAGAAAGAUUUCGCACUAUAACAACAGCCUACUAUCGAGGUUCUAUGGGAAUAAUGCUUGUUUAUGAUGUAACUAAUGAAAAGAGCUUUGAAAACAUUAAGAAUUGGAUAAGGAAUAUUGAAGAGAAUGCAAGUGCUGAUGUUGAGAAAAUGAUUCUUGGUAACAAAUGUGACUUGGACUCUAAGAGACAGGUAUCAAAAGAACGAGGAGAACAGUUAGCAGUAGAGUAUCAAAUCAAAUUUGUAGAAACAUCUGCCAAGGAUUCUUUAAAUGUUGAAUAUGCAUUCUAUACACUAGCAAGGGAUAUCAAAGCUAAGAUGGAAAAGAAACAGGAGGCGAGUAACCCACCAGGCGCCCGUGGAGGCACACACCAGUUGAAGGCCAAUGAUCAACAGCGCAAACCGCCCUCAUGGUUGUCUCGCUGUUCCAUCCUCUGA